CGGUCGAUCAAAAUGUCAUACGCGUGACGGACCGAGCGAAAGUGUUGCUUGGUUUAUAAUUUAUGGCCCGAGCCUUCAUCACCACCAACAAAGACCACUAUCGAUGGAACCUCCAAAAGCCAACACAGCCAAUUAAUCCGGAUAAGUCGAACUUUGCAGACUACAAUGGCGAUCUCUGGCUUUUGGACGACAAAAAAUUAGACGAGGCCAAUUUGGAAAUAGCCAAAACAACGGUGCACGACCUUUAUUUAAAACGCAUGAGAACGAAUUACCAAAUCAGCUUUGGUCGGAAAACCGGUUCAGCUGAUAAAGAAGAAGUCGCACAAGAUUUAGAAAACCAAUUGUUGCUAUCCUGCACGGAGUUGUACGCCAGAAGAGCAAAAAAAGUACUGCCGCCGCUUGCGGGCUCAAGGCGAAUUCACGGCUACAUCAAAGCGUCACUCAUGCACACUCCAUUAACCGUUUACCAAAAUGUUUUCGGAAGAGUCGCCUGCGAUAUUCUUAAAUCGGCCGACCGAAAACAAUAAGACAUUUCGAAAAUAAAGGAUUCUCUCUGUCGAUGUGGUCUGUGAUGCGUUUAAAUUUGUGUCCACGAAUUUUAAUGAAUAAAUAUAUAAAUAUAAAAUAUUUUUGACAC